UUGCACCCCCCUCCAAAAGAUGUCAGCAUCCUACUGUCCUUAUUCUCCUGGAGAAAUCCUGUAGUUCAGACCAGCAACUGUGUUGCCAAAAGCAAAAAAUGUCAUGUCCGAAUAACAUAGUGCCGGGUAACUUCCUGAUGGAUUCCUUAAUGGGAGGAUCAUCUUCCUUCAGGGGUGAGGGUUAUUCCAGCAACCCGGGAAUGUACAUCCACACAGCUGCAGAGUACGGAUAUUCAGUGAUGAGAAACAUUGGGAAGGUUGGACCAUCUUCACUCUCCAAAAGAGACGAGGUUCCUCCGGGCGGUCUUCCGCCCAGCGGCUUCCAGGAUGCGCCCUACCUGUCAACACAGCUGGCCACAUGGACUCCAGGCUCCAAAACCAGUAGAGACGAACAACCUGUUGCCCAGUGUUUACAACCCUGCUCGUUUCCAGCGGGCAACGUCAAAGAGGAGGCGUUUUGUUGCCUCUAUCAGGAUGACAGCAAUAAGGGGAAACAGACAACAGAGUCGGCCACUUACAUCCGGCUUGGGGACAAUAGCUGCCGGCCUGAGCAAACUGCCGCCUCGUCCAGCGGCUGUUUCCAGGUGUACAACGGAGAGAGGCCGCAGCAAGACGACCAGCAGUUCCCCUCCGGCUUCUCUCUGACCCACUUGGCGACAUCUGUUGAAUCAGCAGCAGAAUCGACAAUAAGUUGCAGCAAAUCGACACAGCAGACAGCGAGGGAGGUUUUAAAGGCAGAUGAGAGUCAGAGCAGGAAGGAAGAGAAGGCCAAGACUGACAGCUGUUCAGAUAACUCGGACGGGGAAUUAAAAGAUGAUUUAUCCGCGGAAAAGACAACGGGAAGCUGGUUAAAAGCCAAAAGUGGAAGGAAGAAGCGGUGUCCCUACACAAAGCACCAGACCCUGGAGCUGGAAAAGGAGUUCUUGUUCAACAUGUAUCUGUCUCGGGAGCGCCGCCUGGAGAUCAGCCGGAGUAUCAACCUGACCGACAGACAGGUCAAGAUCUGGUUCCAAAACAGACGCAUGAAGCUCAAGAAGCUCAACAGGGAGAGCCGCGAAAGGGAGCACAGUGGAGUUUACAACUACUCCUGAAGUGAUUUUCUACAUACAGACACACACACACACACACACUCACACAGACACACACACACACACAUAGACACAUGCACACACAUACACCUGCAAAUACAUGUAAUGACAAAUAUAGACAUACAUGCAUGUGUCAUCGUUAAAUUCAUUCAAUAAUAAUUAAUCAGAUUCGUUUUUAUGUACACACACAAACACACACACACACACGGCGUGCCUUCCUAUUUGAACUCUAAAACGCUGCAUCCUGCAGACUUGACCAGGUGAACACUUUGCAGCAACAUUUGGAACAAUGAGGUCCAAUUACCUUGCAUUGAUAAUUAUAAUAUGACAUGAACGAAACGAUUGCAGAAAGGCAGUCUCAAGCAGUCUAUAACUAACUCUUGGCAUGUAAACAGUCUCACUUUGCUGAGCUAUAAUGAAUGUUUUGCCACUUUGUGCAGCUUCUCAGUUUCUGUCUGUUGCUGUGGCAUAUCCCUGCCGUGUAAUGUGCAUGCACAAGACGAUAUUAAGCUUUGUCAUGGCAAACGAUUCCAAAACAACAAAAGGAGGGGGAAAACGGAAAGGUAUUACCAACUUUGUCCUUCCCCUGGCAUAGUGGUGGAAAUGAGAGGGAGGGAGAGACACUGCGGAUGAGAGAAGGAGAUCAUGGCAGUUUUAAUAGAAGUGAGAGACCAUAACGUUGAUUUAAAUAUUAUCCAGGUGACCACAGUAAGUCAAGGUCAUAAAAUUCUAAUGUCAGUUUCGCCCUGGAAAGCGUUGGGGGUGGAUUUUAUGAUCUGCAAAUAUAAUGUGCUGCAGCAGUAAAGAUGCGUUUAAAGGUGUGUGUGGAGGAGGGCUAAUCCACACAGCAGAGACUGCAAUGUGCAGGAUCCAGCCGAGGCGCUGGGCUGGAAGGUAGCAGCCGCCUCCACCCGGGGGAUAAUGGAGCUUCAUGGGAGCAGGAGAUAAGAAAGAUGGUGGAUAAAGGGGGGACAGCGACCGCAACGGCUGCAAGAACAAUAACAAGCAUCACGGCAAACACGUGGAUAACUAAAGGCACCGGGAAGGCGUAUGCAGGAGGCAAGUUAAGAUAACCCAGUGGCAAAUUGGAUACAUGCCCGCUCCACAAGGAAGAAGCGAUGCCCUUACACAAAGUACCAGACUCUCGAACUGGA